GAGAAUUGUCAAAGUCUUUUUCAUAUUUUGUAUCUCGGCCAGGAUCAUCCAGAAAAACAACCAAAAUGGCACUGCUCAAUUUUUAUAUCACCGUUGCUGUUGCCAUGGUUUCGACAUCUUCAGCUAUAGAUGACUACUGGUGUAAAAAGACCACACAAGAGGUUGGACAAUGUUACUCGGGAGCCUGCCCCGUGGGAUAUAAAAAGGCACAUCAUGCACGUGGAUUUAUAGGGUGUCUAGUAGAGUCGGGUCAGAUGCAUCAUUGCUGCGUACCAGGGUGCAGAUAUACCUCGCAACAAAAGGGCCAAUGUUAUCAGGGUUCCUCUUGUCCCUCGGGAUACCGUGAAAAUAACUUUAUCUCAAAAAGACUGGGCUGUUUUUCUGUUGGUGGAGCUUAUUCAUGUUGUGUGCCAAAAGCAGUAAAUGCCACUGUAUCCCCACCAUUGAAUCCAGUCAGCCAAGAUUGUGGACUGAUGUCUAAAAGCGGUCGAGUCCUAGGUAGCGGAGCUAGUCCUAUCGGUAAAUGUACCUGGCCAUGGAUGGUCUCAAUCCGAUCCAGAUCCGAUGCGGCCACGUCGGCUCAGCCUGUUUCUUUAAGCAACACCUUACAGCUGGCUUCAGGCGUCUUGAUUGAUUCACAGUGGGUUAUCACCACGGCCUAUGGUCUUUCUUUGGCCGGACAAGGAGUGGAUAAUAAUGUCUUAAACAAUAUUUUCUUGGUAGCCAGUGAGCACAAUGUCAAUACGAUAGAAGGUGAUGAACUUUUCCUCACAGCCAGUAAAUACUUCAUACAUCCCCAGUCCCCACUAUCUGGGGGCAUCAGAGCUCUGGACUUCCAAGGCGACAAGUCUCUCUUACAAGGAGGAAAUUUCGCUUUGAUAAAGUUAUCUACCCCUGUAACCUAUUCACAAUGUGUGAAGAAAGCCUGUCUGAAUAAAGAUUUAAAUGUUGAUGGUAACUGUGGAGGCAGUCAAUGCUAUAUAGCUGGCUGGGGUGUCACUACCGAUGAACCUUUCCCAAGUGUACCCUAUGGAGCUGCAGUCGAUGUGUUCAACAACGUAACUUGUCAAACCAUUGCUAAGUAUAGUGGUAAAACUGAUUAUGUUCAACAACCAUACACAAUGUGUGCUUCUGGCUUGGCCUCCGAUACCAGACCAUGUGUUGGAGAUAAUGGAGGUAUGGUAGUAUGUAACCAGAAGGGUAGAUGGGCUGUUCGAGGGUUAAUCACCGAGACCACAUUUGAAUGCCAGACAGAUGAGCCAUUCAUCAUCAGUGACCUCGGGGCUGUCGAAGAUUGGAUAACCCAAACCAUGGCCAAUAACUAACUAGUUAUGAAGAAUUAAUUAAAAUAAAUGAUAAAUUCAAAUUUAUUGAUAUAUUAACAAUGUUUUCUCUUUCUUGUUUUUCCAGUCCGAUUCUUCAGGUGCCAUCAGACUAUAGCUUUUACCAGUUGCGUAUGGUUACGAAUAGUGGAACUCCCAACUCAGUUGAUUAAGAGUUGCCUUUAUAUCGUUAUGGCUGAUAUUCUUGUUCGCAAACAUACACAACUGGUGAUCGCUAUGCUUUCGUAUUCUGUGGUCUCCAAUGGCGAGUUUACUUUAUUUAAUUUACACUUCAUUGAGCUCUCAUCCAAUUAAUAUACUGUUUUAUUUAAUAAUAACGAUUUCAACUUAACUUUCAAUUAUAUUAAGUUAAACCUGAACCUCUCUCCGAGAUGUUGACACUAAUUUGAGCACGAGUUUAAAUGUAUAAAAGUCUUCAUGCCUUGUCUUGUUUCUUAUCAUCCUAUCUCUUCCUAUCUUACCACAAUACGAACUGUUAGUCUUGCCAAAACAAAAUGUCUCCUAUUUUUGUUAUGAAGAACAAUUUCUAAGUAAAAGAAGCAAUAACAUAUUUUUGUAAUUUUGUAAAUAAAAAUGUGUUUUGGC